GGAAAAGUCUCAGCAGCAGCCCCAUCCACCAUAGGCACAGUAAAAAGACAGGACAAACAAGGGAGGCAGUUUGAGCCAGAGUUUAUGAGCAAGCCUGAAGCUCCCAGCACCUGCAGGACUGAAACAAGGACUGCACUGAGGACUUGAAGGGAAGCACAGUGUAAAGGGACUCUGGAGAAAUAGGAUGAAAUUGGAAAGUGUGGACAGCCAGUGACUGAUCACAGAGGUAAGGUACAGAUUGUGAAGAAACCUAAUCAGCCUAUUGAAAGAUUGUCAAAAUAAUGCCAGAGAAAGAGGUCAGGAGGAAGAGAUAAGGGGACAGAGAAGCGUCAUACAGUCCCAAAGAACAAAGUCUCUCUGGACCCAAGAACAGAGUUGGCAACCAUCUAAAACUGCUCACAACGGCUUCCCACCCUUUUCUGCUUGGUGGACCUAAGUUUUGGAAACCUUUACAGAGAUAAGGAACCAGAGAUUCCCUUCAGCUCUUCUUUCAUUCAUUCCUGUCUCUGCAAGUGACUCAGCCCAAGACAGAAGCAAGUUUUACUUCUGCAAUCCGAGUGCUGUAAUGUGAAACUGAGCUGCACUUGUUCUGAGAGCCAGCAGCACUAAGCCUCACAGAGCUGAGGACUGCUGCCUGCCUGCCCGCGACAAGCUGGAGUAGAAGACACACCACCGACAACAGCUGGCCACCACAGACAUCUCCACCGGGACUGCCCUGGUCACAUACCACAAGGCAGAAGCUCCGACUCUCUGUCCUCUUCACAUGACCGAGGCUGAGGAAUAUCUAACCUAAACCUAGAAGGUUCUAAGGAGACUUCUACAGAAGAAACAUGCUGCACUCUGUGAAGUAACGACUACGUGGAAACCUACACCACAAUGACGCCCCCUUUAAAUGGAAUGUGGAGUAAUCACUGGAAAAGGAAGAUGCAGCAUCUGCUCUAUUUUAUUGCUGUGUAUAUUGCAUGUGUCCCACGCACUGUAUUAUGCUGUGCCAAUUGCAAGUUAGUGCUCACUUCCCCAUCUGGAGCUUUCACCUCGCCAUGCUACCCAGAAAUGUACCCCAACAGCCAAGAUUGCAUAUGGACAAUACGUGCACCAGUUGGAUUUAUAAUACAGGUUACAUUUUUGGACUUUGAUAUUGAAGAAGCUCAGAACUGCAUGUACGAUUCACUCUCAAUCAACAAUGGUGAAACUGUAUCAAAAUUCUGUGGGAUUACUGCUAAAGGUCUAUCGUUCAAUUCAGCUGGAAAUGUCAUGAUAAUUACUUUUGGAAGUGACUUUAGCAUCCAGAAGAAAGGUUUCUCGGCUACAUAUAAUAUCGUGGCUGUGUCAUUAAGAAACCAAAAAGUCACUAUUCCACAGAACCAAAGUUCAGGUGUUGUUACAGUCUCAUCCAAAGUUUCUGUCCCUCCUCUAACACAAUUAACUGUGUGCUUUGAGGCUACCGAAACCAACAGCAGUGAAGAGAACUGGAGGGCUUUCUCUUACCAAACCUCAAACAGAGACCUGCUGAGCUUUGGAAAAGAUACUCAUGGACAUGUGCUGUCUGUCUUGGGUGUUCCAUGCAUUCUUGAUCCUGCACUGCUUUCACAUGGUGGUAAAGAAUUCUUCACAGAAUCAUUUCAACAGCUGUGUAUUAUCUGGAAUAAUCGUUCGGAACAAGUAUUUGUGAGCACAAAAAAUAAUUACCAAGCUGUUUCCUGUCCAGACGCAAAAGACCUUACCAUUCCAGGUAAUGGGAAUUUAACACUGGGCUCCUACCUAACUGGAACUGUGCCACUCCAAGGGGAUAUAUACAACUUCCGUCUCUGGGACUUUGCAAUGGAUUCAAGUACUGUUGCAAAUCUCAGCUGUGAAGACAAGGGAAAUAUUAUAAAUUGGGAAAAUGACUUUUGGAACAUCCCAUCAUGGGCAAGGAAGGCAGAAAGCAAACUUAGUUGUGGUACUUCUUUGCCAACAACUCCUUCAACAGAGCCAACUACGUGUGAAAAAUUGGCAGGUGUCUGUCAAGCAUCCACAGUAGCAUCCACUAUAACAUCAUCAACUCAGACGUCCACUGUAUUAAUCUCCUCAUCUCCAUCUCCUGCUGUAACCUCACCAUCUACUGUAGCUACCUCACCUGAUAAAUCUACCAUCUCAUCAACCACUGCUAUCGCUAACUCACCUGAUUUUCAUGCUUACAGUACCAUAUAUGCUACUGUAACUCCCUCUUUGCCACCCGCUUUGAUCACUACUAAUAUAACCACAUAUAACCCACUACCUGCUACGGUAACAGCUUCACCAUCCACUAUGAUAACUACUAACAUGACUACUAACAGCACAGAUAACCCAGAGUCUGGUGGGACAUUUUAUAGAAUUUCCAUUACUGUGGUCAGUGAUGCUGAUAAUGAUGAAUUAAAAGUCCAGAGCUUGGUAUCGAGUUGGCUGAAUGUCACAUUCCGAAACUGGAACUACACUGUCUUUGUUGUAAAUAUUAGCAUUACACCCGUAAAUGCUUCAAGUGUACGGAAAGCUAGAGAUGUGCAGGCAGUUGUCAAUAGCAGCUUUCAGAAAAAUCUUGACAACAAAAAUCAAAGUUAUUAUGUCUGGGCCCUUCUGGUUUAUAAUAACAGUAAUAAUGUUGUUUUGGAAAAAGAUGAUAUAUUAAAAAAGAUUAAUGGCAGCCCACCCUCUGGUCUGACCCUUCAAGCAGUUGACGUCUUUCCAGUUGAAUUAUGUGAACAGCAGCAAUAUCCACCCUCAUACUUUUGGCCUCCUACCAAGCCAACAACAACUGCAGUUAUACCAUGUUCAAAAAAUUCUCAAUAUACUGCUUCAAGGACAUGUAAUUUAGGUCUACAUAACUAUACUUCAUAUUGGGAUGCACCAGAUUUGAAAAACUGCACAGAUAAUGCUGAAGAUUUGGCUAAUCAGUUGUUAAACCUUACUGGGAGCGGCCAAGUGCUGACGCAGGAGAAAGUUGAUGAUGUUGUCCAAACUCUUAAGAAAAUCGUGAAUGACGCUAACAUUAAUAGUGAACUUGGCUCAACGGUUGUAAAUGUGUUUUCAAAUAUAUUAAGCGGUUCAGACAAUGUCCUAGCAAAAUCCUCUUCUGAAGCGCUAAAAACAAUCGACGCUUUGGCUUUGAAGAUUCAGUUCUCAGGACCGUCCGUCAGCAUUGUAUCACCUAACUUGUGUUUGGGAGUUUCAAGAGUAAAUGCUACCUCAUACAGCGGUUCAUCCUUCAGCGUUGGAGCUCAAAGUAACAGUUCUCAUUUCGAGAUUGACAUGAAGAAAAAUCAAGAUAAUCCAUUUGCUUCUGUCGUCCUUCCAUCCAGCCUAUUGUCAAACUUAAGUCAAAGUGAUUUCUAUACAGUGUCAAGAGCCCAGUUCACCUUCUUCAGCAAAGCUGGACUUUUUCAGGAUUCUCAGUUGAAUGCUGCAAAUAAACAGAAACUGAACAGUUAUGUUGUAGCAUGCAGCAUUGGGAAUAUUUCUAUUCAUGGCCUGGCAGAUCCAGUCAAGAUCACUGUUAAGCAUCAAAAAAGUCAAGAAAAUGGAGAUCCAACAUGUGUCUACUGGGAUAUAAACAAAAAUGCUGGCAGUGGUGGCUGGAGCCAAGAUGGCUGUAGUGUGCUGAUAAAUGAAUCAAAUGCUAUUGAGACAGUCUGCUUAUGUAAUCACCUCACGCAUUUUGGUAUUCUUAUGGACCUUCAGAGAGGUUCGGAUUCUUUUGAUCCUCAAAAUACAAAAAUUCUUACAUUCAUUACAUAUAUUGGCUGUGGAAUAUCUGCCAUAUGUACAGCUGCCACGCUUUUAACUUACAUUGCUUUUGAAAAAAUCAGACGUGAUUACCCUUCAAAGAUCUUGAUGAACUUAAGCACUGCCUUACUGUUUCUGAACCUUUUCUUCCUCCUGGAUGGCUGGUUGGCUUCUUUUGAAAUUAAUGAGCUCUGCAUAGCCGUGGCUGCAUUGCUUCAUUUUUUCCUUCUAGCUACAUUCACGUGGAUGGGAUUAGAGGCUGUGCAUAUGUAUAUAGCGCUAGUAAAAGUGUUCAAUACAUAUAUCCGAAGAUAUAUAUUAAAAUUCUGCAUUAUCGGAUGGGGUAUACCUGCUAUAGUGGUUGCAAUUGUUCUGGCAAGUACAUAUAAAGACAGUGCUUAUGGGAGAAGCCUGUAUGGAAAGGACACUGAUGGAAAUGGUGAUGCAUUCUGUUGGAUAAAAAACAACACCGUUUUUUAUGUGACCUGUGUUGCAUAUUUUGGAAUCAUGUUUCUGAUGAACGUAGCCAUGUUCAUUGUGGUGAUGGUACAGAUCUGUGGAAGAAAUGGGAAAAGAACUAAUCGCAGCAUUAGAGAAGAAGUUUUACGGAACAUGCGCAGUGUUGUCAGCCUCACAUUCCUCCUUGGAAUGACAUGGGGUUUCGCUUUUUUUGCUUGGGGAAAGGCCACCCUAGCAUUCAUGUACCUGUUUACAAUAUUCAACUCCUUGCAAGGGUUAUUUAUUUUUGUUUUCCAUUGUGCAUUGAAAGAAAAUGUACAAAAACAAUGGAGGAGACAUCUAUGCUGUGGGAAGCUUCGACUACCGGAUAAUUCAGAUUGGAGCAAAACAGCCACGAAUAACACGAAAAAAGUGAGCUCUGAUAAUCUGGGGAAGUCCCUUUCUUCAAGUUCCAUAGGCUCAAAUUCUACAUAUUGGACCUCUAAAUCAAAGUCUAGCUCAAAUCCAUUCUUUAACAAGAGGAACAGUAGCACGGGUUACAUUUUUGGAGACAGACCCUCAGUCAAGUUUACACCAGUGGAUGGUGAACAGACAUCAAUUCUUCCAGUUCAUCAUGUUAUUGACAAAGUCAAGGGCUAUUGUCAUCCUCACUCAGACAACUUCUACAAAAACAUCAUCAUGUCAGAUACGUUCAACCACAGCACCAAGUUUUAAUAUUAUGUGUAAACUGCAGCAGCUCAUUUUUGUACAGCUGCUACAAGAAAAUGAAACAUAAAGGGAAUUUAUGUGACCUAUAAAAUGCUGAUUGAUUUGACAUCUACAAAAGCAUCACAUAUAAUGAUGAGGGAUUUUUUUCUCUCUAUUUACUCAUCCACCUAAUAAGUUCCAUAUGGAAGAAUGCACAAGAAGCACAGACAGCUCCUAAGCCUUCACAGAAAUCUUCUGAGCCAAUACGCUUCAUUUUAAAAGUGUAACAAAUGUCUUUACUCCAGAACAUUGAUGCUUACAUAUAUACCUACGCAAAUGCUUUCUAAUCUAAGUCAACUUAUUGCCAAAGGAAUGACCAAUAAUCAUCUGUUCUGUCUGUUGCCUGAAAUACUUCAUUGCUGUAUGUCUACACUCAUAUCUACAGAUACUAAUUAAAAUCUUUCAAUAGUGAAGAAAAAUUGGAUCUUUAGCAACAGUACUCAUUUGCUCAUUUUAGGCUGGAGCUACAUAUAGAUGUUU